UCUUGUCAGAAAAUAGGGAAGCUAGAAUAGUCGUUAGCGAUGAUGCUCAAGCAUCAGUUUAUUCUUCCCUCUUUUUACUGCAUUCAGCGAGCACCUGAUGUAAGUGUGCAGUGAACGGGGCUGUGAGUGCUUGUGAGCUUCGCACUACUACUACUAGUAUUUUUUCCGCGAGCCAGAUGCCGAAACAUUUCGUCGUGAAUGAAUGGUGGAAAGGAUAAUUAUUUUGCCGAACUACGAGCACUGUGGUGUAGUGGUGGGUACUCGGUCGAACCAUUCGGCAUUCCGUAGCGGACGUGGACGGAUUUUGCCACGGAGUCACAGCUCGACGACCACUAACCUGUGUACAUAAUCAUUGCUGUCUUGCCGGCCAAUGGGUUUGCCUUCGACAACAUUCUGUUCCGGGCGCUCGUUCUCCAGUAUGCAGAGAGACCCGGACAAAGCCGCGCAAUUAUCCCCAGUGAACUCCUUUGAGCAAAUGUGUGUCAACUUCACGAACGAGAAGCUGCGGCAGCUUUUCAACCAUACCAUGUUCAUUCUGGAACAGGAAGAGUACCGUUUGGAGGGUAUUGAGUUGAACUUCAUUGACUUUGGAUUGGAUCUGCAGCCUUGCAUUGAUCUCAUUGAGAAGCUAAUGGGAGUGCUAUCUCUGCUGGACGAGGAAUGCUGGUUCCCCAAAGCCACUGACAGGACGUUUGUCGAGAAGCUUCUACAGAAGCAGAAGAAGCACGACAAGAUGUCCAAGCCAGAUUUCCGCAGCAAGACUGACUUCACCGUGAAUCAUUAUGCUGGCAAAGUGCAAUACGUGGCUGAGAGCUGGCUGACCAAGAACAUGGAUCCACUCAAUGACAAUAUCGUGCCCCUACUGCAGAACUGUGCUGAUCCAUUCUGUGCCAACCUAUGGAAGGACACCUCAAACAUCACCAGUAUUGCUAACAUGGGCGAUGAUGAUGCGGCGUGUACACGGCCUCGCAAGGGCAUGUUCCGCACUGUCGUACAGCUCUACAAGGAACAACUCCAGCGCCUAAUGGAGACACUUCGAAACACCAAUCCUAACUUUGUGCGCUGUAUCAUUCCCAAUCACGAGAACAAGUCCGGCAAGAUUGUGCCGCCGUUGAUCCUGGAGCAGCUGCGAUGCAACGGAGUGCUGGAGGGCAUACGUAUCUGCCGCCAGGGCUUCCCUAGUCGUGUCCCGUUCCAGGAGUUCCGUUAGCGUUACGAGCUGCUCACGCCCAACCUGAUACGGAAGGGCUUGAUGGAGGGACGGCGGUCGGCUGUGAUGAUGCUGGAAGCACUGGAGCUGCACGAGGAUCAGUACCGCGUGGGUAACAGCAAGGUGUUCUUCCGCGCCGGUGUGCUAGCCAAGCUGGAGGAGGACAGGGAAAACAAGCUUAGUAUCAUCCUCACUGCCAUGCAGGCACGCAUCAGAGGAACUCUCAGCCGCAUUAACUAUCAGAAGUUAGUACAGCAGAGUGAGGCUAUUCACGUUGUGCAGAGGAACUGCAGAGCCUACCUCAUUCUGCGUCGCUGGCCAUGGUGGAGACUGUACACUAAGGUGAAGCCAUUGCUAAAUGUGACUCAUCAGGACGACGAGCUCCGCGCCAUCGAGGUCGAGCUGAAGACGGUCAAUGACAAACUGGCCCGGAGCGACCGGGACGUGGACAAUCUGCGUAACUUAGUGGAUACACUGACAAUGGAGAAGAGCAAACUCAAUGAACAACUCACCUCUGAACAGGACAUGCUUAACGAAGCUGAAGAGGCACGCUCAGAGUUGCUGCAGUGCUGCGGUAACCUGGAAGAGGCACUUCACGACACUGAGAUGCGUCUGGACGAGGAAGAGGACCGCAGCAAGGACCUGUCUGCAGAGCAGAAGAAGCUGCAGGAAAAGAUCACCGUCAUGGAAGAACAGCUGGCAGAAGAGUCCGGAAAGGCCCAGAAGCUGGUGUUGGCGAAUGUUGCACUAGAAGCUAAGGUCAAGGGCCUGGAUGAGAUGACUGAACGCCAGGAAGACCAAGUCAACAAGCUUCAAAAGGAGCGUAAGCAACUGGAAGAGCGGGUCAAGGAGACCACACAGGCGUUGGAUGACGAGAGUGAUCGCGUCAAGACCCUGGCCAAGUCCAAGGCUAAGAAUGAGACCAUGAUAGCUGACCUGGAGAGUCGCCUGGGCACCGAAGAAAAGAACCGCAAAGAGUUGGAGAAGCAGAAGAAGAAGGUGGAUGCUGAAGCACGUGAGCUGCAGGAGAAGCUGUUUGCAGCGCUGAUGAAGAUCCAAGAACUGGAGUCCACUGUUGCUCGCCUUGAAGGAGAGCUAUCCUCCACAAACCAGCGGCUUGAAGAGGAGAGUACCGCCAAGGCGCAGCUGGAAAAGAAGCAUCGUGAGCUAGAAGGUCAGAUCGCCGUCUUGAACGAAGAUUUGGACAUGGAACGUCCCGCCAGAGGAGACGCUGAUAAGAAGAGCAAGCAGCUGGAAUCGGAACUGGAGAAUCUUCAGAAUGAGCUUGAGGAGCAAGUGAGUGGCACGAUCGCCAUGGAGGAAGUGCGUCGCAAGCGUGAAGGAGAGGUAGCCAGUCUGAAACUGCAGGUACGGAGGGCACUCGUAUGCACGAUGCCGCGUUGUCCGAGCUCAAGGAGAGGCUCAAUUCUCAGAUCCAGCGUCUGCAGGAGGAGGCUGAUCAGCUGAGUCGAGCCAAUUCCAACCUGGAGAAGGAGAAGAAUCGCCUAGUGCAUGAGAACCGUGACCUGGUGUCCGAGCUGGAGAGCGAGAAGGCGGCUCGCAUUGAGUCCGACCGUCGUCGUCGUAACCUGGAACAGGCUAACAUGGAGUU